AUGUCCUUUAGAUUUUCUGAGUUAGUGAAUCUAGCAGCAGGAAGUCGUUUAGGCAUUAAAGAGCCUUUGGGACAUAUAGAUUUUUAUCCAAAUGGAGGAAGAAAACAACCUGGUUGUCCUAAAUCAGUUUUUUCAGGGAUUGAAUUUAUUAAAUGUGACCACCAGAGAGCAGUUCACUUGUUCAUGGCAUCUAUGGAAACAAACUGCAAUUUUAUUUCAUUUCCUUGUCAUUCAUACAAAGAUUACAAGACUAGCUUAUGUGUGGACUGUGACAAUUUUAAGAACAAAUUAUGCCCUUGGCUAGGUUAUCAAGCUGAGCUGCUGAAAGAUGCUUUAAAAGAAAGAAUUAAAGGAAGACUGCUUAGGACCACUGUGUUUUUGGAUACUGGUAGAACAUAUCCAUUCUGUACCUAUUAUUUUGUUCUCAGUAUAACUGUUCUCAAUAAAACUAUGGAGGAUGGCUAUAUUUCAUUUAAAUUAAUAAACCAGCUUGGAACUGUUGAAGAGCCAAGGCUCUAUGAAAAAAGCAAACCGUUUUAUGAACUUCAAGAAGUCAAGAUUCUUGCUCAAUUUUUCAAUGAUGUUGCAAAUAUUUCAAGCAUUGGUUUGACAUAUUUUCAGAGCUCAGAUCUACAAUGUUCCACAUGCCAAUACUGGAUCCAAAGUCUCAUGUUAAAAUCACUUACAUACCCAGAAAGACCACCACUUUGCAGGUAUAAUAUUGUGCUUAAAGAGAGAGAGGAAGUAUUUCUUGAUCCAGGCACAUGUACAACAAAGAAAAUAUAAAAUGCCUUAGUCCAUCUAAAUGUACUUGUUUGUGAAUAAAUGGAUUUGUAAAUGGAACGAUGCAAUCAGUCUUUUAGAAUGUAUUGUUUAAUCUGAAAAUCAGAUAUUUCUCUUUCUUGAACACAUUUUUAAGAACCAAAAAUUGAAAUGCAGAUGCAUAUAGUAAAGCAUUC